CUAUGGUUUUGGAAAACCAACUAAACUAAACAAAUCCCAAAAGAAAACGUGCGCACUUUAUCGAACCAUAGCUGGCACUAUCUACGCUGAGCUCGGCGUUCCGGUUUUCUGAUUUCCCCCGGCGGAGAAACCGUUGUUUGGCGGAAGCAAGAAUAAGAAAGCCUAUUUAGCGGUUUGCAGCUAGCCAGGUUGUUUCCCGCAAAACCCAAUAUCCAAAAUUUAGAUGCAUUUGUUGAACAGGCUCAUUGGUCUAUGAUGAUGUCCUUUUGUUUGUCCUGUUUAUCUUGACCUUUUUUAAGUAGAGAUGAAAGUGGAAUGAAUCAUCAAGUGAUCUUCCAGUUCUUGCUAGAAUCUUGGGUACAAAUGGGCUGGUUUUGUGGAGGUAUUGAAGCAUGCCUACUGGUGCACUAGUUCAGAGAGAAAUCCAGCAAUGUUGAUACAAGAUAUGUUUUCUGAAGUGGAAUUGCAAAGGGAUGUGAAGGUGCAUGCUGGAAACUUGGAUAAAAGAGGACUGGUUUCACAGAGGUCCAUUCUAGUAUUGCUACUUGAGGACCUGUUUAAGGAGAGAGCCAGUGAGGAUCAUGGUUACUUCCUUUCUGUAACUAGCUUGAAGAGCAUAGGUAAAGGUGAUGUUGUGGAUGAGUCAGGGAAUAUGGUCUUCACUGUGGUGUUUACUUGUCGGACCUUCAAGCCCUUCAAGGGAGAAGUAUUGCAAGGAGUUGUACACCACAUAUGUCAUCGUGGUGUGUUCUUGAGAUGUGGACCUGUGAGAAUAGCUUAUCUGUCAGCUUGGAAAAUGCCGAAUUACCACUAUGUGCCUGGUGUGAAACCAGUCUUCAUAAGUGAUGACCUUUCAAAGAUAGAGAAGGAUGUUGUGGUUUGUUUCUUGGUGCUUGCAGUAAGAUGGAUAAGUGCAAGUAGGGACUUUGAGUUGCUAGCCAGCCUAAAUGCCGAUUCACUUGGACCAAUUUCAUUGCCAUGGUCUGAUGAAGUGGACCUGUGAAUGAAUGGUUGUAUAGCAAAAGUUACUGUGUUUAUACAUUUGUUCUCGUGGUUUCACAGUGAUGAAGAAAUGUUUCUGGGUAAUGCAAGCAGUAUAUAUAAUAUAUGUACAUUUGUUAAAUUACCUUCCACCCUUCUUGUAAAGAUUAGGGGUCAUGUAGAUGGAUGUGUCCUCUCAAUAUAGGAAUUCUGUAGUCUGACUCUGAACAAAUGAGCCAAUAUUGAGGUGAAUGCGUGUUUCCUUUCUCAUUGUGCUUGAAAUUUGCAUAAUUUUCUGGUCACCGUUGAUAUUGAAAGGAAUUGUUAUUA